CAAUAUGUGUACUUCCACUCAGGAUCCGGAACAACCUACCGCAAAGUAGCAGAGAAACCAUCCUCCUUCACUUCGAUCCCAACCAUCGACCUGUCCGACAUUGACAGCCCUUCUCUUGAGGCCAGGAAGGCCAUUGCCAAAAACAUCUACGACGCCUGUCAUGACUGCGGAUUCUUCUACAUCAAGAAUCAUGGUAUCCCGGAAGAUCUCAUCGAUGAGACCUUCAGCCUGCUGAAGCGCUUCUUUGCACUGGAUCUAGACGCCAAGAUGGAUGCGCACGUUCAGAGAAAUCCCGCCAUCAGAGGCUACGAGCCAAUGCUUGAGACUAGACUCGAUCCAAGGAGCAAAGGAGGCAAGUCGCAGAGCAAUGAGAUCCCCAAAACACACCUUAAUAUCAAGGAAGCGUUCACGAUGGGUGACUGUGUGAUAGAGCCCGAGCAGGACUACCAGGGCAAGACUGGACAUGCGCCACCUUCUCACAUCACACAGCCUCAGAAUAUCUGGCCGUCCCAAGCGCCAUGGUGGCGGGAAGGGCUUUACAAGUAUUACAACCGCAUCUUGGUGCUGGCUAUGAAGCUGGUCCGGAUCUUUGCCCUGGCCUUUGAUCUGGACGAGAAGGCUUUCGACCAGCACUUUACGUUUCCAAUCACCGGCAUGAGA